UUAUCAUGUCAAUACAGUUUUAACGAUUUUUAGAGCUCGCUUAUUAUAUAAAAACUUUAUCAUGGCACGUUGUCGACCACGGUGUUCAAAGGCUGAUUGCAAGCAAUGGACAAAAUCAAAUGCUUUGCUUCUUGCUACUGUAGCUGGCGUCGUACUUGGAGUCGUUCUUGGUAUUGCAAUGCGUGAGGCAAAUUUAUCGAAGUUGGACAUCAAAUAUUUCUCGUUUCCUGGAGAACUUCUUCUCAGAAUGCUGAAGAUGAUAAUAGUUCCGCUUAUUAUAUGUAGUCUGAUUACAGGUGUUGCUACGUUGGAAGGAAGAGCUUCAGGAAAGCUGGGAUUGCGCACAAUAAUCUAUUACAUGGGAACAACUUUGCUGGCAGUAAUAUUAGGAAUCGUUCUUGUCGUAUCAAUCAACCCAGGUCGUUACGGUAGAAACUCUGUCAGUUCUGGCAGCAAUGAUCUUCAAGUUGAACCUGUGGACGCGAUUUUGGAUUUAAUAAGAAAUGCUUUCCCGGAAAAUUUGGUUGAAGCGUGCUUCAGCAAGAUCAAAUCAGUUCGUGUGCCAAUUAUGGUUGACAGAAACGUGACAAUGAUAUACCAAAUCAAUAGCACAGCCAUACCAGGUGGAGCUACUACUGUCCCGGUGAAAACGAACACGAUGGUUGUAGAAAAAGAAGUUGUUGGUGACUAUAAACUGAUCAUUGAAAGCAAAUCCGGAGUCAAUGUUCUUGGACUCAUCGUCUUUUGCUUGACAUUCGGCCUGAUUAUAGGAAAAAUGGAAAACGAAGGGAAAAUUUUGGUUGACUUCUUUGUUGCUUUCAACGAAGCAAUUAUGAGAAUUGUUUACAUUAUUAUAUGGUACUCCCCGGUCGGUAUCUGCUUCUUGAUAGCGAGCAAGAUUAUGGAGAUGGACCGACCAGAGGAAAUUCUCACUCAGCUGGGCUUAUAUAUGGCAACAGUAAUUGUUGGCCUGUUCAUACACGGUCUCAUAUUUCUUCCUCUGUUGUAUCUUAUCUUCGUCCGAAAAAAUCCAAUCACGUACAUCGUUGGCGUGUCACAGGCUCUACUGACUGCUUUGGCCACUGCUUCAAGUUCAGCAACAUUGCCGGUAACGAUCAAAUGCCUUGAAACUAACAACAAAGUUGACAGAAGAGUUGUCAGACUUGUACUUCCUGUUGGAGCGACAAUCAACAUGGAUGGUACUGCAUUGUAUGAAGCAGUUGCAGCAAUUUUCAUUGCGCAGUCUAACAACAUUUACCUCAAUUUUGGACAGAUUGUGGUUGUCAGUAUCACAGCGACAGCCGCCAGUAUCGGAGCAGCUGGAGUACCGCAAGCUGGAUUGGUGACUUUGUUGAUUGUAAUGGCUGCUGUUGGAUUACCUGCGGAAGAUAUUGAACUCAUCUUGGCCAUUGACUGGCUUCUUGAUCGGUUCCGUACAACCAUCAAUGUUUUGGGAGACAGCAUCGGUGCAGGCAUUAUUGCUCAUCUGUCACGUGAUGAUUUGAAGGACAUCGAUAAAGAAGAUCCAAAAGUGCCCAGAAAGGGCACUGAUAAUUUUGGAUACGAAAACGAAGAGGAUACUCACGUUUAAAAUUGUUCUGGAGAUUACAUAUUUUGAGUUCGAUUCAGGAAAUUUGAGCUCAGUUGUACAUGUUUACUAACUUUUUUAAAUUUAGUCAUCAUCUUGAAAUCCUCUUGCAAAUCUUGCGGAAAUAGUUUUUCUCUACAAAAUUUCAUUACAAGAUUACAAGAUGAUAAAAAAGAAAAUAUGUAUAGGAUUUUUUUUUUAACUGUUUUAAUGUUUUUAACUACAGGGUGACCUUAAAAUACACAACCCAUAAAUUUCCCAAUUACGUCUACAAAAAUGAAGCAAAUUAAUUCAAUUUUGUUUACUCUUGAGGUUCUGUUUUUGUAUUAUCAUGCCCGAAAGCUUCAGUAAUCUAGGGCGCUUUGCACAAAAAAUUAUGUCCUCUCUGGAAUAUGUUCCGAAUGACCUCUCCGGCGUUGGAGAUAGACUUGUAUCCGCUGCGCAUAAUUGUCAAUCACCUCAUUUGGGCUACCAUUUCCAAACAUGUCAUACUGGUCUGUUUUGAUUGGAAGACGAAAUUCAAGAGGUAAAUAUGGAACAUUAUGUAACUGGACUGAUAAAGUGCUGAUGAUUAGUGGUUCCAGCAGGAAGGACGCUCCACAUAUUUAAUCACGCCUCUGACUGGGUAUAAGUGCGAUUUCAGAAAAAGAUAAUCAGAAGGAGGUGUAACGUCGAUUGGGAACCUCAGGAAUUGGACUUGAAUCUCCCUGAUUUUCAUCUCAGGGACCAUGUGUAUGAGAACAUUCUUCAAACAAUUCGUGAACUUAAAACUGCAAUUGCAGAGAGAUUGUUCAUAGAGAAGUGCGCGUCAGUGAUUGACAAUUUUGCGCAACGUAUGCAAGGCCGUUAAAGAAGUUUAAACUUUUUGAAUAUAUUUUCGUAGAAGUAAUUAAGAAAUUUAUGGGUCCUGUUUUUCGGGGGCACUCUGAAUGAUGUAAGCGUAUUUCUGAAUGAUGUAAUAUAAAAAUAAUAUUAUGGAAUCUAUGAAAAGCUAAUGAAA